CAGAGCACCAUCAAAUUCAGUGACGCCAUUUCUUUUUACGAGAAGACAAGUUUCCGAGUCCCGUCACAUCUAAAUCAGCGCAGAAUUCCCCACUUUGGAACUGAUUUCUUGCUCAUGUGUAACACCUUACGUGAGAGGGGGUUAUCAGGUUCCACAGGGGAAGAAGCUGAAAAACACUUGACGAGCCUGUAUAACCAUGGCAGACUUCUUUGAUAGCGAAGCAGAGGUGUCCGAGGAGGAAGAUACCAAGCUGAGCAGCGACGAGGAAGAUGAGGAGGAGGGUGAUGAAGGCGAGAACGAGAAUCUGGACGACCUCAUCAAUGAUGAAGACGAAGAGGAGGACCAAGGUGGGUCGGACUCAGAUGGAGACAUCGGCAAGCGGAAGAAACGCAAACGCAGAGAAAUUGAUGACAGACUAGAAGAUGAUGAUUAUGAGCUGAUUGAAGAGAACACAGGGGUCAAGGUUGAGAGGAAAAAGUUUCGUCGAGUUAGGCAGAUCUCGGACGAGGAGGACAGCGAAGAUGAAGAAGGGAAUUCUGGGCCUCAGACGGAGACCACUCAACGCGACGCCAUCGCCAAGGAGAUCUUCCAAGACGACAUUGAAGAGGGAGAGGAUGAAGAACCGCCGGAAGAGGGAGAGAUCCGCGAAAUAUCUGCUGAAGACAACCAGUACGCUGAGAUCGAGUCUGAUGAAGAAGAGUCAGAUCCAGACGAUUUCAUCGUGGACGACGAAGGCCAACCCAUUGCCAGAAGGAAGAAGAAAGGUCACAAAAGUCACAGAUACACCGACUCUGCCUUACAAGAAGCCCAGGACAUCUUUGGUCUGGAUUUUGACUUUGAGGAGUUUGAUCAGUACCGGGAGGAUUACGAAGAAGCACUGGAGGAAGACUCGGAGUAUGAAGAUGAAGAGGAAGAGUUGGGCGAGGAGGUACCGAGGAGAGUCCGGAAAGCUGGCAAGAAACGAGCCUCUAAGAAGAGCAUCUAUGAUGUGUUUGAGCCCAGUGACCUAGAGAGGGGUCACUUCACAGACAUUGAUAAUGAGAUACGAGCAGCUGACAUACCAGAGAGGCUUCAGCUUCGCAGGGUACCAAUCACCAAAGCAGAUGAUGCUGAACUUGACGAGGAAGCUGAUUGGAUCUACAGACAGGCCUUCCUGACUCCACCAGUCUCCAACCAGGAGUUUUCUGAGGACAGUGGCUAUGGCUCUGGCUAUGAGAGGAAACCACCUCGCACCAAGAACCGAAUUAGAGAGGCCCUCCACUUCAUGCGCAAUCAGCACUUUGAGGUGCCUUUCAUAGCCUUCUAUCGGAAGGAGUACGUGGAACCAGAGCUGAACUUCAACGACCUUUACAGAGUGUAUCACUGGGAUGAGAAGUGGUGUCAGCUGAAGAAUCGCAAGUCCAACCUGAAGAAGCUGUUUGAGAAGAUGCAGGCCUACCAGUUUGACCAGAUGAGCAAGGAGGAGCUGUUGCCAGACUCUGUCCGACCCCUGACAGAGACCGACCUGGACAGACUCAACGAUGUAGACUCCAUGGAUAAGCUGAAGGACGUCUACAUGCACUUCCUGCUCUACUACGGCCGCGACAUUCCCAAGAUGCACAACGCCCUCAACCGGCCCAAGAAGAACGUCCGCACCAAGCUGGUUCGCCGGCCCGCCAAGAAGACGGUCAAGGUCAUGGUCAGGCGACCCAAGCAGAAGAAGAAACUGAACGAGGACGACAGCGAUAGUGAGAAUGACAAAGACUGGACAGAAGAGGAUGCCAAAAGGGAGGAAGACUCGGAUUCUGAGGAGGAGGUUGAGACGGAAGAGGAAGUGGAGACGGAGGAAGAGGUUGAGGUUGAGGUGGACGAGGACGGCAAUGAAGAGACUGAGGAUGGGACAAGCCACCAGAUCAAGCAGGCUACCCGUAAAUCCAUGUAUGCCAUCUGCCAAGAGGCUGGCCUGGAUGCCCUAGCCAAGAAGUUUGGUUUGACACCGGAGCAGUUUGGUGAGAACCUUCGGGAUAACUACCAGCGCUAUGACCCAGAGCAGCACCCGGUGGAGCCCUCUGAGACGUCCAGGGAAUUCACCGGCAGCAAGUUCCAGUCAGAGGAAGCCGUGAUGAAGGCUGCACGUUACAUGGUGGCGUUGCAGCUGGCCCACGAUCCCCUGGUGCGCCAGUGCGUCCGGCAGACGUACUAUGAGCGAGCCAAGAUCAGCGUCCGCCCGACUAAGAAGGGCGUCAAGGAAAUUGACGAGUUUCACCCUUGCUACGGCUGUAAAUACCUGAAGAACAAACCGGUCAAGGAUCUCUUUGGGGACAAGUACCUGAAGCUCCUGCAAGCGGAGGAAGAGAAACUGAUCAAGAUGACCAUGGACAUCGACCUGGACAAGAGUAGCAGUGACAGCAGCUAUCAAAGCCAGUCCUACUUUGAUGAGAUCAAGCAGCUGUACUAUCGGGACGAGUUCAGCCACACCGUGCAGGAGUGGAACAAGGAGCGCAGCAGCGCCAUCGAGACGGCCCUCUACAAGAUCCUCUACCCAGAGAUGGCCAAGGAGCUCAAGAGCAGGCUGGUGCAGGAGGCUAAGGAUGGCAUCAUUAAGAUGUGUUGCCGGAAGAUGUUUGACUGGCUGAAAGUAAUGCCGUUCCAAGCUGACCAGCAGUUAGAGGAAGACGAGGACGAUUACCUGGAUGGUCAAGGUCACGUUGGACUGCGCGUCAUGGGACUGGCAUUCACCAGUGAAAUGGACAACGCAGCAUUCUGUGUCAUGAUCGACGGGGACGGGGAAGUCUCUGACUUCCUUCGGCUGCCCCACUUCCUGCGUCGGGCCGACAGCUACUUCCAGCGGGACCGGGACCUCAAGCUGGCCGACCUGGAGGCCCUGAAGGAGUUCCUGUCCAGCAAGAAGCCACACGUAGUGGCCGUGGCCUCCGAGUCCAGGGUGACCCUGGGCGUGAUCAAGGACGUCCAGCAGUGUGUGUCGGACCUGGAAGCCGAGCAGCAGAUUGCGCCGAUCAGCGUCCAGCUGUUGGACUCCAAUGUAGCACAGGUGUACGCCGCCACCAACAUGGCAGAGACGGAGUUCAGGAAGUACCCCCAGCUGCUACGCCAGGCCAUCUCGGUGGCCCGCAGACUGCAGGACCCCAUGGUGGAACUGGCUCGACUCUGCAAUUCAGACGAGGACCUCAUGUGUCUGAAAUUCCAUCCCAUGCAGGACUCUGUGAACCGGGAGGAGCUGCAGGAGGCCCUGCAUCAGGAGUUCAUCUACAGGGUCAACGAGGUGGGUGUGGAUAUCAACAGGGCCAUUGCUCAUCCCCACACCCAGAGCCUGGUGCAGUUCAUCUGCGGAUUGGGGCCUCGCAAGGGAAAUGCAAUCAUAAGGACUUUGAAGCAGCAGAACCAGCGUCUUGAGAAUCGCAACCAGCUGGUGACCGUCUGCAAGCUGGGCCCCAAAGUCUUCAUCAAUUGUGCAGGGUUCAUCAAGAUCGACACGGCCUCCCUCGGAGACAGCUCCGACUCCUACAUUGAGGUCCUGGACAGCACCCGCAUCCACAACGAGACGUACGAGUGGGCCCGCAAGAUGGCCGUGGAUGCCUUGGAAUAUGAUGAAUCAGCUGAAGAUGCCAAUCCGGCCGAGGCCCUGGAAGAGAUCCUGGACAAUCCCGACAAGCUGAAGGAUCUUGACCUGGAUGCAUUCGCCGAGGAGCUGGAGAGACAGGGUUACGGCAACAAGAGUAUUACUCUGUAUGACAUCCGCGCUGAGCUGAACAAUCGUUACAAGGAUCUGCGCUCACCUUACCACCCACCCUCGGCUGAAGAGACCUUCAGUAUGUUGACCAAGGAGACACCUGAGACUUUCUACAGAGGGAAGAUGGUCCUGUGCACAGUGACAGGCAUCGCCCGUCGACGGCCCCAGAAGGACCAGCUGGACCAGGCCAAUCCUGUCAGGAACGACGAGACUGGAUUGUGGCAAUGCCCCUUCUGCCAGCAGGACAACUUCCCAGAACUCAGCGAGGUGUGGAGCCAUUUUGACGGGGGUGACUGCCCAGGUCGAUCUGUCGGGGCUCGAACCCGCCUAGAUAACGGCAUAGCUGGGUUCAUCCCCACCAAGAUGAUCAGUGACAAGCAGGUCAACAGCCCCGAGGAGAGAGUCAAGGUCGGCAUGACGUUACACUGCCGCAUCACCAAGAUCGAGAUUGAGCACUUCCGCGUGGACCUGACCUGCCGCAGCUCCGACCUCCAGGACAAGAACGGAGAAUUCGCCCCGCCCAGGGACACGUUCUUUGACCACACCCUGUUUGAGAAGGACCAGCGGAAAGACGAAGAGAGCAAGAAGAAAACAGCUCAAGCAUACGUGAAGCGAGUCAUCGUCCAUCCCUCCUUCCACAACAUCACGUUCAAGGACGCAGAGAAGCUGUUGGUCAACAUGGACCUGGGGGAAGUGGUCAUCAGACCCAGUAGUAAGGGUUCAGAUCACCUGACAGUGACAUGGAAGGUGGACGAGGGAAUCUACGCCCACAUUGACGUCAGGGAGGAAGGCAAGGAGAAUGCCUUCAGCCUGGGCACAUCUCUCUGGAUAGGGAAUGAGGAGUUUGAAGACUUGGAUGAAAUCAUUGCCCGCCACAUCCAGCCCAUGGCGUCCUACGUAAGGGACGUCAUGCAGCACAAGUACUACCGAGACACUGAGGGCGGCAAGCGCGACGCUAUGGAGAAGCUGCUGGCUGCCGAGAAGCGCAAGACGCCUUCCCGCAUCCCCUACUUCAUGAGCUUCUCCAAGGAGUAUCCAGGCAAGUUCUUGCUGUCCUACCAGCCACGAAGCAAGGUCAGGCAUGAGUAUGUGACUAUCACACCAGAAGGCUACCGAUAUCGUGGUCAAGCCCACCCAUCACUCAACGCCUUGCACCGAUGGUUUAAGGAACACUUCAGAGACCCCAUACCAGGGUUAACCCCAGCCAGCAUUCAUCGUACUCCUAUGGUUGCUGCACCAGAGAGAACACCGGCAGUCUACAGCUACAUGGGCACCCCUAUGAUCCAGAAAUCGGGCGCCGGCUACAGCCAGCUGUAUGCCACGCCCAGCAUGAGCAUAGCUACGCCCCGCCAGACACCGGGCGCCACGCCUCAGAUCAAUGCCGCCCGCUACGGCACCUACUCAGGGGCCUACUCCAACAUUCCAGCCUAUGCCACGCCCCAGAACAACCCGCUAGCCACGCCCAUGAUGACACCCUCUUACCAGGCAAUGCAGACGCCCUCACAGGGCCCAAUGCGCACCCCCCAGAUCAACGCUAUCCGCACGCCGCAGAUCAACCCCCUGCGCACCCCGCAGACCAAUAACCCCAUGCGCACCCCACAGCAGAACCCUCUGCGCACCCCCCAGCAGACGCAAGCGGCUGCGGGCUCCACCACUCCGCAGAUCAACAACCCACUGCGCACCCCGCAGUACCAGCCCACGCCCAAGCAGAGCUGGAGCAGCUCAGCCACGGCCCAGCAGGUGGUUAACGCGCUGCAACAACAACUCCAACGAGCUGGUGGGUCCAGAUCCAACGCUGCGUCUGUUGACUGGGCCAGCCAAGCUGCCCAGUGGGCCUCCAGGCGACAGGGUCAUCCCAAGGACAAGAACCCCCAGGCCAGCCCUGCCAACCCUUCCUCCCGCGCCUCUGCCGCCUCCUACCAGCCUAGCCCCCGGGGCUACCCCCAGCCCAGCCCCAAGACCUACACCGGCCGUAGCCCCUACCCGGAGCCCAGCCCCAUGUCCAUCUCCACCACCCCGGCACCUAGCAUGGGUGGGGACGCGACUCCACUGAUCGACGAGACUUAAGCCCAGCCUCCCCUUUAUAUGGCCCUGUCAGUCUACCCCGACCGUCUCAAACCUACCGUGGCAUCCAGGCCCAAUGAAACUGAGGUGGCUCACCACCAAUGGGCCGGUUGUAGCCCAUAAUCCUUGGCCUAGACUGUACCCAGUGCAUUGCCAUGUCCAACGACACUUCCCUCACCCAUUGUGUGUGAUAGAGUACUUGUUGUCUUGAGCCCAGACUGUUGGCAUUUCUGUACCCGUUUCCAGAGACCCUUAAUAUAUGGGAAUGCUAUUGUCACAGAGGAAGGUAAACUCUGUCCUCGGCCCUUGAUGCCCACAUAAACUACCCUCACUCCCAGUAUUAUAAAGGUGCUGCUUAAGCCAUAUUGUGAAUAAGGGAACAUAUAGCUUCUUCUCUAAUGCACAGCAUAUGUAAAGAUUUAUUUCAAUCCUGUUACAUUGUGCAAGUAGUUUAAUACUAAUAAUUAAAAAAGAUUACCUGUUGGUUUCUAACAAGCGUGCACUUUGAUGAUAUCCCAGUGUGUACAAAGUCCACCCCCCCAAAAAAAAGCAUUUGUAACCCUGCUCAUCCCCCUCCCAAUUUUACCUACUCUCGCCAGUGUUAAGAUGAUGUACUUGAUAGCUGAAGUGCUGUACUUAGUUGCUGUGAAGAUGUAGUCACCUUCACUCACGAGCGACAGUGUUGAUAUCGCGAAUGCUGUAUGUAACCUACCGGUCAUCAUGAGGCUUUUGCAGCUGUUGCAGAAGUAAAGCACUACAUAUUGUAUAGGGUGCUGAAGACAGUGAGCAAUUCCUGUGUGCUCUUUUGAACUUAUCUUCGUUGUAGGUAAUGUGAACAUAUUUGAGGUAGUGCUGUCACCAUAAAACAGCACACGUCGAUUGUGACUCAAUGCUUUUAGACGAAUUGAUAUUGUUUCAUAGUUUACGGCAAGUUAACUGCUUCAUUGCCUCACACAACUUGAGGGUUAAACUUUUCAAAAAAGUUCCUGACUGGGUUCUCCUAUAGUUAGUUUUCCUUAAAAAUGCCACCAGUCCAGUUGGUAAUUCCAAAUUCAAAAUUUGGUUAUGGUGAAUUUUCUGCUAUUUCAACAAGAAAAAACCAGUAAGUUUGUAAGAGUGAAUUGGUGCAGUUGUGAAUUGCAUGGAUUCCUUCAGAAAUAUUUUGUUUCCAUUUCCUGUUUUGUUUUCGAAAGUACAGUUGAAUGGUUUCACCAUCAGGUGAAGGACAACACGGAGACAGAAGGCACGAGAGUGUUUUUGUGAAAGAUGUCAUCUUCCUCGUGUCAAGUUUGUAGCACAAGUUUGUGCCAGGAAGACAGAGAAAACAGUUGGUUCCGACGUGAAAACUUCCAAAAUACUUAUACUCUGUAUAUUUCUCUGAUAUUAGAAGGGAAAGUAUGUAUUUUCUCUCAGAUACUGAUGUGGACUUCAACCAGCAAAAUCAGAGCUCUGUACUGUUUUCCCCACAAUCAUGAUUAGUACGUGAAAGUUGACAAAUCUUGCAUUUCAAUUGAGGUAUAUUUUACUUUGAUUUCAAGCUUUGCAGUCGUUUUAAUUCUGCAUUUCUGUAAGAUGGCUGCAAGAAGGAUUUUUUAUGAAAUCUGUCAAGUGUUUCUGUAAGAAUGGCAGUGUUUUGUGGUUAAAUGUCAAAUAAAUUUGAUAUCCAUAACAUUAGUUUAA